UCAACCUCGAACGAGACGAUAACGACCACCACACCCCGUCGACAACAAUGGCGUCUCGUCCUACCGUCACCAUCGCCACGGCCGAGGGCAAGCCCAGCGGGGCCACUGCUCCCCUGCCCGCCGUUUUCACUGCGCCCAUCCGUCCUGACAUUGUUCAGCAGGUGCACACCGGCAUUGCCAAGAACAAGAGACAGCCCUACGCCGUGAGCGAGAAGGCUGGUGAACAGACUUCCGCUGAGUCCUGGGGUACCGGUCGCGCUGUCGCUCGUAUCCCCCGUGUCUCCGGUGGUGGUACUCACCGUGCUGGUCAGGCUGCUUUCGGUAACCAGUGCCGUUCUGGUCGCAUGUUCGCCCCUACCAAGGUCUGGCGUAAGUGGCACCAGAAGGUCAACGUUGGCCAGAGACGUUUCGCUACCGCCUCUGCCCUCGCUGCCUCCUCCGUCCCCUCUCUUCUGUUCGCCCGCGGUCACCGUGUCGCCAACGUCCCCGAGGUUCCCCUCGUCGUUGAGUCCAAGACCUUCGAGAACGCUGCCGUCAGCAAGACCAAGGCUGCCGUUGCCCUGCUCCAGGCCAUCGGUGCUGGCUCCGACCUUGUCAAGGUCCAGAAGUCCCGCAAGCUCCGUGCUGGUAAGGGUAAGCUGAGGAACCGCCGCUUCCGCCAGCGCCGCGGUCCCCUCGUUGUCUACAACCCCGAGGUUGAUGGCAAGGAGCUCGUCCGUGCCUUCCGCAACAUCCCCGGUGUCGAGACCUCCUCCGUCUUCUCCCUCAACCUCCUCCAGCUCGCCCCCGGUGGCCACCUCGGUCGCUUCAUCGUCUGGUCCUCCGCCGCUUUCGAGGCUCUUGACCAGGUCUACGGCAGCACCACCACCCCCGCCGCCCUCAAGAAGGACUUCCUCCUCCCCUCCAACCUGGUCGCCAACGCUGACCUGGCCCGUCUCAUCAACUCCUCUGAGAUCCAGUCCGUUCUGCGUGCUCCCAAGGGUGAGGCCCGCACCAAGCGCCCCGUUGUGCAGAAGAAGAACCCUCUCCGCAACAAGCAGGUCAUGCUCCGCCUCAACCCCUACGCUGCUGCUUUCUCCAAGGAGAAGCUCGGCCAGAAGCCCCUUGAGAGCGGCAAGCCCGAGCGUGCUUCCAAGGAGUUCCUCAACACCCUCUACGAGGCUUAGAUGGUUCCUGGAUGACGGUCCGAUGAGUGUUUGUGCUUUCUAAUGUGGUCUUUUUGUCUAAAAUGGUAGCAACAGCAAAUGAACAGGAUUUGCAAUACCCCCAUGAUGUUUUAAUGAGAUGAUUUGUAG